GUUGUGUAUGAAGUCUGAACUGCCAGCGAGCUUUACUAAAAUACAUUCUAGACUUCCUACCGCGGCAAUGUCGGGCAGGUCCGUCCGAGCCGAGACCCGGAGCAGGGCGAAAGAUGACAUCAAGCGGGUUAUGGCUGCUAUUGAGAAAGUACGGAAAUGGGAGAAGAAAUGGGUGACAGUUGGAGACACAUCCCUGAGGAUCUUCAAGUGGGUUCCAGUGACUGAGCCCAAAACAGCAGAUGACAAGAAGAAGAAGAAGAAGAAGGGGAAGGAUGAGAAGUAUGGGUCAGAAUUGACCACACCAGAGAACAGCUCUUCUCCUGGGAUGAUGGACAUGCAUGACGACAACAGUAACCAGAGUUCUAUCGCUGAUUCCUCCCCCGUCAAACAGGAAACCAGCAGCAGCACUAGCCCCGCCCCCGAACCCACCGCUGUAUCCCACGGCGACAGCAGUGAGGCCAAGAGCGACCAGAGCCCUGACUGCAAGAGGGCGAAGAGCAACCCAUCCACUGAGGGCUCAGAGAGAGGACAGAGGGACAAGAGAGACAGCAGCCAGACUUCCUCGGGAGAAAAGGACACCUCAGACAGCCGCAAAGCCACUCAGGAUCCGGAGGAAGAGGCUCCUCGCAGUAAGAAGAACAAGCAGGAGUCUCCAUCUCAGGACUACGAGGAGAAAUAGUCACGCUGCAUCCUUUCUUCUCUCUAUCCUCUUCCUCCCCUGCGUAGCCCCUAACAGUCCUCUGAGCAGAGGGAGAAAGGACUUUACCUCCCUUCACUGAGCCCCUCUUCUCUUCUUGCACACUCACUCCCUCACUAAUGCCACGAGUAGCUCUAUGAUCCAGCCUGUUAUCCCUUCCAUGGCCAGGGGUGGCGCUGUGAGCUCAGCUGCGCACAGAAGAGAAACACAAUUCUGACAUUUUGACGCUACGGCGUCUCAAAAUGAACAAUCAGUACUAUUGACGCUUUUUCAAAAAAGAAAUUAAACGAAGGUCUUUUAAGGGAUUAUGCAAGCACACUUGUUCGUUUCGGCUAGCCGAGUUCGGCUAAGCGCCAGCCAAAGUUAAGCAUGCUGACGCCUUAAGGGCGUCUUCUAACCCAGGAGCCACGUCAAACCUCCCCCUAACUCACCUCUGGUUGUUAUGGUGUUUGUUUAGGACAGUUUCCGGUUGUUACGUUUAGUUUUGGGGUUGUUGUUUAGCUCAAAAGGGUCAAUGCACUGUUAAGGUAUAAUGUCACAAAAACAACACACCAUGGUGUUACUGCUGCUGUACUGGGUGUAGAUUUGUGUCCUUUUUAUAUAUAUUUUUUUACUCGCUUUGUUUUCUAGAGGUAGAACAACACAGUGGUACUGGUCACAUUUAUGUUUUCCCGUAAUCGUAAGGAUAAGCUUGUAGCGUAGGUAGUGGUCCUCUGUAGCUCAGCUGGUAGAGCACGGCGCUUGUAACGCCAAGGUAGUGGGUUCGAU